UUCAAAAUGCGGAAAUAAAGAAGGCAACAGUAAGCGUCAUGUAGUUGUUGGUGUAGUUCUCCGAUUUAUUAUGAUAUCGUUAAAUCCUCCGUCGCAUUUAAUAAUAUAUUUGCUUUAAACAUAAUCACCGCCGUUUUGUGGCAGAGAAUAAUGCGGAUGUCUACAAAGGGCGCGUUUUUGAUAAUUCGCCAGAUUUAAUAUGUACAGUGGACUUCUGCCGCCGGGUCUCAGUGAGGCUGACCUGAGCUCUGAUGAUGCUGAUGAAGAAGUAACGUUAACAGCAGAAAACAGACAAGGCGAACAGCUCUCACGUCAGUCAGACACAGAGCCACAUUCAGCUUGUGUACAGGUUGAAUGUCAUAAUACAAAAACCGGUUUGCACAAUGAUGCAUUUGGGGAUGAUUGUCUUCCUGGAGUUUCCUUGGAUAAGUGGCAAAAGUUCAAAGAACUCCAGAGAACAAAAGAAGAUCAGAGAAUAAGAGAACCACAAACGGAAAAGCGGAAAAGAAAAAGACGCCACAAGAAAGCUCAAACAGGUGGGACACAGAAGUGUGACAUUGAGCAGGAAAGGGAGCCCAAAGAGAAACAGGAGGGGCACUGGAAAGAGCUCACGCAGUAUUUUGGCAUCAAUGAUAGACUCAAGCCGCCUCCUUGUAACAGACCUCCUCUCAUGUCAGGCCUGGAAAAGAGCAUAGAGAGUUCCAUCGCUGAAGGGGACUAUGGGAAGGCGGAAGAACUGAGUGACAGACUUGCUACUCGAGAGCUGGCCGUGAAAAUCGCACAAGCCGCCGAUUGCCGUGACUUCGCCCGCACCAAACAGGAAGCCGAGGCUUCCCGGGCAGCCCGAAAAAGGAGGAAGCAAAUCGCUUGGGGGUUUGAAGCAAAGAAACGAUGGGAAACCAAAAGCAAUAUGGGAUUCAUGUGACGUUCAUUGCAGUUGAAAUGUUUCUAAAAAGAUGAGUAAAGAUUUGGCAUGUUGAUAAUUGUUUAUAGAGGUAAUCUUUUUUUUGUCACUGAAUAUUUAAUUUCUUUCUGAAUCAGUUUUGUGGUCAUUCAUUCAGAUUUGUGGGUCAUAUUUAAAUAAAUUCCAUAAGCACACCAUUA